AUGGACCGGUUUGUGGGGACCCUGCUGACAGGACCCCCGGGCAGCAAGGGGGAGGUCCCCAAGGUGCCCGUGACCUUUGAUGAUGUGGCCGUGUAUUUCUCCGAGCAGGAGUGGGGCAAGCUGGAGGACUGGCAGAGGGAGCUCUACAAGCACGUGAUGAGGGGCAACUACGAGACGCUGGUCUCGCUGGAUUAUGCCAUCUCCAAACCGGACAUCCUUACCCGGAUAGAGAGGGGAGAGCAGCCUUGUCCCGAAGACCGCUGGGACCAGGAGAAGGGGAAUGAGGAGGAGGCAGCAUGCCCAAGGCAGCCGGGAGCUGGCCUCGCUGUACAUGCAGAGCAUGCGGCCAGCCCACUCAGCCCAGCCCAGGAGGAGCCAAGAGAAGCAACAGCCCCUGAGCAGCAGCGAGACUUGGAGGCAAGAAUGAGCCCACCCAGGCCAGGCGCCGAGCCUCCAGCCAGCACCAGUGUUUUGUCCUUGAUUAAACAGGAGGGAGAGUCUUCAGACAGGGAGUCACCAACUGCCCCUUCUAGGGACAUCCUGCCCUGCUCGGAGCCAGGUGGUGGUGUAGCCAUCAAGACAGAGGCACCGUCUGAAGACAGGAUGAUGCCGGAGCAGCUCUUCCUGGAGAUGUCCUCAAGCCAGGCCCAGUGUGGAAUCCCCAAAGGGCCUGGGAAUAGGACUGGGGGCCCCGGCAGGCAUCACACCAAGGGUGUGCCCAGGGUGCCGGAGGGGGAGCCGCGGCCACGAGGGGCUGUAGGGGAACCGCCCCGAGUCCUCCCUCGCCGCCGGGAGCGGGCCUUCCCUUGCCCUGACUGCGGGCAGAGCUUCCGCCUGAAGAUUAACCUGACCAUUCAUCAGCGGACCCACCUAGAGGAGGAGCCCGGGGAGGCCAGCGGCAGCUCGCCCACCGGGUGGGGGGCAGGCCAUGCUGCCCUGGAGCCUGGAGAGGUGGUGGUUCCCGGCCCUGUCAUCCGCUGGCUCCCCGAGGAGCGCGAGGGCCACCGCCCCGUGGCUGGCCGUGCCUUCAUGGGGCGGAGGCCAGCGACCACCAAGGUGUACCACUGCAGCGAGUGCCUGCGCUUCUUCCCGCAGCGGAAGAGCCUGCUGCUGCACCAGCGCCUGCACACGGGCAACAGCCAGGGCUGGCCUGCCUGUCCCUACUGCGGCAAGGCCUUCCGCCGGCCCUCGGACCUCUUCCGCCACCAGCGCAUCCACACCGGCGAGCGGCCGUACCAGUGCCCCCAGUGUGGCCGGGCCUUCAACCGGAACCACCACCUGGCAGUCCACAUGCAGACUCACGCCCGCAGGCAGGUGGGCCCGCACUUCCGGGCUCCCUCUGCCUGCCAGCGAAGCCCGCUCAGGCCACACCCCAGCCGGACCGAGGAGGGCUGAGCAGGCAGGACCUGCUCUCUGCUUGCCAGGCUCAGCCUGCCUUCCCCCUGGUGCCUGGCUCUGCUUCCUCAUCUGGGAUGGUUUGGAGAGAGGUUUUGGUUUUUUUUUCACUCUGAUGGGAAGCAGUGGCCCUUUUGGUGGCAGAGUGUAUACAUAUGACCAGAUGCCUCCAUUUCCUGUUUCCUGAGUUUGUCACUCUUCACUUCCUUUUCUACAUUCCUGACUUGUAAAGGAUUCCUUAGGACUUAAAGGAUGCCAGUUUUUGGUGGGGGCCUCUGGCAGGUACCACAGGUAAGAGGAGCAGAGAUCACAGCGCUGCGAUAGACAGGGGACCUGGGGUUUGUGUGUGCACAGAGGUCUCUCCACUGCAGUCAGCAUGAGCAACAGCAGAGCGGAUGGACAGCCUGAACAAAAGGCACUGGAAACUGAGUUUUCUACUUUGUUAUUUUGAAACUUUUUUUUCUUCUAUGGAACUUUUCUAGUGCUUUUGUAUGUGUGUGGUUGCAAUGGGGACCAGAGCUCCUGAGGGGCAGGAAUUAUUCUGCCACCUCCUCUCUGCAUGGGGCUGGCAGGGCUGGAAGGGCUAGAAGAGGAGCUCGGUCUCCACCAGCCUGUGGGUCUCAAUGGGGAGGCUGUUGCUGCCGUUCUAGAAACAGUGUUUUCGCAGGUGUGGGUUUGGCUCAUAGUGUUCCCUGUGUUCCCAGUGUUCCCAGUCCUCCUCCCACUGGAGAGUCACAUGCAUUAUUGACUUUGUUAUCAGUUGAGAGAGGAAUGGAAGACACUGCUCCCCCAAGGUCUCAGUGUUCAUGGGUUUGCAAGGUCCAUCAACUGGACCCCAGAAGACACCUGGGGGAUGCAGAGUGAGCCCAGGAAGCUCCUCCCCAAGAAGACCCUGGGCUGGGUGAGGCUGGUCAGCCCUCCAGGCCUGCUUUGUCCCAUUAAAGGAGGGGCUGCCUCCUGGUGGAGGUGUAGUUCUCCUUUGAGAAUCAGGCUCUGGGGCAGAGUUGGGCUAGACCUGGGUGAAUCCUUCAACCACUGAUGGUCUCACUCAUAGUCCUUGUCUGUUAAAGGGGGUCAUGCAUGGCUCCAGUGUGUCCUACCUCACUUUAGAGUUAUCAGGGUCAAAUUUAGAGGCACUGGGCCAAACAUGAGGCCUAGUUUUGUCAUGUUCAAGUUCAGGGCCUCCUUUCUCUUACAUGUUGGUCACCAGCCCUCUCCCCCCAGUCAGAAUCCCUCAGGAAGCACCUUUGUCUUCUGUAGUGAGUGGGGUUGCUGCUUCGAAAGACUUUUCCCUCUGAGCUGUGUCUUCCAGGAGCCCUUUAUAUUUCAACCAAACAAAUUCUUACUAAAGCACAAGGUUCAGACUGGAAGUUCAGGCGCUACCAGGCCUCAUGGAGGAGUCAUGAGGAAAGCUAGCUUCUUGUACCUCUUAAUCACACCACUUUGGGUGCUGCCUCUAGAGCAGCCCUGGUGAGGGUAAUUCUGCAACUGGAGUGAUGGGUCCACAGCUGUCCUGAUAGCUCGCUGUCUUGUCUGGCACUAAGAAGUGGCCAGCAUUUGGACCUGCAUCCGGGGCCCUGGGGGUCCUGGCUGUGCCCCCUGGGGGUCCUGGCUGUGCCCUUGUUGCCCUUCUGACCCCUUACAGCUUUCCUAAAGUCUUGAACGGAGUUAGGGGAAGAUGAUAACAUUGCCAUCAUUUCUGGGGCGAGGAUAAGUAUCCCAUGAGUCAGCCAAGCUCCCCUGGGUUUGGGAAGGGCACCAUUCAUUCUGGGCAGUGGAUUCUGCCCACGUGCUUCACAAAUGAGCAGUGGGCUGUCAGCAGGUGCUCAGACAGGAUUAUGGUGCAAGUGUAGCUGCUCAGAGCCUAACUCUGCUGCAAAUCUAGUCUCAGGUGUUCUGGGGAUGUCUCUGGGCUAAGAAUCUGGGCAAGUUCUUCUAAUGCUAAAUGAUCUGCACACAUACAGGUACUCCAAUGGAAACGCGAACCAGGAAUUGCUAUGCGCUUGUGUGCCACUUUUAUUAUAACCUUCAGUGUGUUCGGCUGCGAGCUAGGCUUUGGGAGUUUGCCUAGCGCUGAACAGGACGCACUGAAAAAAACGUUCUUUACAUUGAAAUGAGUAAAUGGAAGCUCUGUGGUGCAGGAGCCUAGCGUGCCUUACUGUCCCAGCUCUGGGCCUAGGCUUCCUCUUUUGUAAAACAGCAGCGGUUGGGCCACGACCUCAAAAGCCCUUGGGAACCGUGAAGGUGGCAGACUUUUGCCCUAAUCGGUGCUCAAUAAACAUGUUGGCAUAAAUGAA